AUGUAUGCACAUGCCGGUAAGAGCUCAUCAGCACCACCACGAACUGCUGCUCCGUCCGUGGCUAGAGCUCAACUACCUCCACAGCCAGUUUCAAGAGCACCUCCGAUGGCACAACCAAUUUCAAGACAGGCAACUCCACAACCUGUAUCAAAACCAACUCCAGUUUCUAAACCAGCUGCUGCUCAACCUAUUGUUGCCAACGUUAAUGAAAAGAAAUCUUUCCCAAAGAAAGGAGAUCCAUCUUUUGUUGGACCUGUUCAACCAAAGAAACAAUCAUCAACACCAGCUACUUCUAAACCAGAAGUUCCAAAGGCAGGCGCCAAGAACAAGCCUGUCGUGGAUAUCAAGAAAUCUAAUGAUGUUAUAGUAGCAAAUGUUAAUGAUAAGAAAUCUGGUAGAAAGAAGGAAGAAACAAAACCUGAAAAGACUGUUGAACACAAGAAAGACAGUACAUCUAGCAAGAUUGAAAAGAAAUCUGAAGAAUCAAAGCCAGACACCAAGGUGGAACACAAAUUUGAUGAAAAGAAACCUGAUAUCAAGUCAAAGACUGAAAAAAAGAAAGAAGAAAAGACAUCUUCUCAUAAGGAUGAUGUAAAGAAUUCUGAAAAGAAGGCCCAGAAAUCUGAACUUAAGGAAGAUAAGAAAUCUGAAAAUUAUAAUAAGAUGACCAAUGAGAAAAACAAGAUGAAUGAUAAGAAAUCUGAUGUAAAGAAAUCUUCAAAGAAUUUAGAAGAAAAUAAGAAGGAAUCCGUUGAGCAUAACAAGGCUAAUAAGGAUUCUGAAACUUCCAAACCAGAUUCCAAAAUGCAAGUCAAAUCAUCAGAAAAAUCAAAUUUAAAAAAGGAUGAAAAAAAAUCCGAACAUAAGGAGGAUAAGAAAUCUGAUAAGAAAUUUGAUAAGAAAAAGAAAUCUGAUAACAAGAAGGAUGAAAAGAAAUCUGAUGACAAGAAAUCUACCGAAAUCAAAUCUGAUAAGACUGAUCAUAAGAAAUCCAAUAAGGAUGAUAAGAAAUCAGAAAAGAAGGGUUCAACCGAUAAGAAGAAGACUGAUGGUGAAAAGUCAGAUAAGAAGACUAAGGAUGUAAAGUCUGAUAAUCCUGAUUCUAAGAAUACUAGUAAAUCAAAGAAGUCUGUUGAUAAGAAGAAGACUAACACAAAGAAGGAUAAGAAGACCAAUAAGGAAGAAAAGAAAUCUGUAGAAAAGAAUGAAAAGAAAAUAGGAAAGAAGUCUACAAAUACAGCCACAAAGAAGGAUACUACCAAGUCCACUAAGAAAACUGAUAAGAAAUCCUCUGAAAAUAAGAAGACAAGUGGAUCCAAAAAGGCCGAGCCUAAAAAGAAAACCAAUUCAACCAAACCUGGAAAGAAAUCUAGCACAAAGAAGCUCUCUAGUACGAAAUCAAAAUCUAUUGGAAAGAAAUCUGAUAUUAAGGAGGGUAACAAGAAUGCUAAACCAAAGACCACUGAUACCGGUAAGAAAUCAGCUUCUGAUAAGAAAUCCAAGUCAGACAAGAAAUCUGAAAAGAGCCCAACAAGUGUAAAAAAGGAUAAGAAGAGUACCAAAUCAAAAACUGAAAAAAAGUCAACAACUAGAAUGAAAUCCAAGGAUGUUAAAAAGCCAGGAAUGACACCAAAAUCAUUUGAUAACAUGUUUGCUCAACAAGCUAAAAAGUUGUCUCAACCAACAAGUCCAGUCAAACCAAACACAAAGUCUGACAAGAAGUCCAACAAGCCAAAGAAAUCAAACACUGGUAAGAGGACCUAUUCCAAGAAGAAUGAUAAGUCAAAAACUAGUUCCAAGAAACCUGGAAAGAAAUCUAGCACAAAGAACCUAGCUGGUAAGAAAUCAAAAUCUAUUGAAAACAAAUCUGAUGUUAAAUCCACAAAAUCAGGAAAGAAGUCUUCAAAAAAUACUGGCAAAAAAUCUGGAAAGAAAUCUACCAACAAGUCUGGAAAGAAAUCAACUAAAAAGAGUAAGAACACUACUAAGUCUGGAAAGAUAUCCAAUACUGGAAAGUCUGGAAAGAAAUCAAAGAAUGGUAAUACGAAAUCAGAUAAGAAGACCAAGAAAUCAGAAACUGGUAAGAAAUCAAAAAAUUCCAAAGGAAAGAAGGAUAGUAAGAAAUCAAAGAAAUCUACCAAAAAAUCAGUAACGUCAACUAAAACAACUAGUAAGAAAUCUAACAAGUCUGGAAAGAAGGCUUCUAAGAAUACUGGCAAGAAAUCAGGAAAGAAAUCCAAUAAGCCUGGAAAGUCAAAGAAGAUACCCAAGAAAUUAGGUAAGAAGGGUUCUAAAAAGGCUAACCAACCAAGCAAAUCCAGUAACAAGUCUGGAAAGACCUUAAAGAAUGGUAAACCAAAGAAAUCCAAUACUGGAAAGACAUUAAAGAAUGACACAUCAAAGAAAUCAACUAAAAAGGGCAAGAACGGUACUAAGUCUGGAAAGAAAUCAAAAUCUGGUAAGAAGACUAAGAAAUCAGAAACUGGAAAGAAUUCUGGAAAGAAAUCAAAUACUGGAGAGAAAAACAACAAUUCUUCUAAGAAUAAUAAGAAAAAGAACUUGAAUGGAAAGAAGGACAAGUCCAAAAACAAAUCAACUAAUUUAAAGAAUAAUAAGAACACCAAUAAGAAGAGUGCAAACAAAUCAAGGAAUAACAAGAACAUGACUGAACAAAAGGAAGAAUCUGAAUCAUCUUUUGGCACACCAGAUUCUGAGGAGAGAGAAACUCCAUAUUCUGAAGAUGGACCAAUAAUAUUAUUAAGAGAUGAUAACAUCUUAUCUAAUUCUUACAAACAAAGAGGAAUUGAAAUUGAAGAUGAACCAGUUAAAGUAGUUGAAAAGAAUAGUAUGAAGGUCAAGCAAGUCGAUAGUGAAAUUGAACUAUCUAGUGAUCAAGAUGAAGAAAGGCCACUCCAAAUUUCUAAGAGGCAAGUUGAAAAGUCAAUUCAAAGAAACGAUUUUGAAGACAAUGAGGAACCAAAGGUCUCUAAAUCUAAACAAGACGCUGAAAAAUCCGAAGUUGAAAAGACCAUUCAAAGAAAAGAGAAACACCAAGUUGAAGAUGAAGAAGAAGCCCCUCAAAAGAAGUCUGUAAAAGGAAAGCAUGAUAAGAAAUCUGGAAAGAAAUUGAAGAAUGAAAGAUCAAAGAAGUCUGGAAAGUCUGUUGCUAAGAAAGGCAACAGGUCUGGAAAGAAAUCAAAUAAUUCCACAGGAAAGAAUGGCAAUAAGAAAUCAAAGAAAUCUGGAAAGAACACCAAAACAACAAGUAAGAAGUACGGAAAGAAGCUCACUAAAAAGAAUACCAAGAAAUUAGGUAGGAAGGGUUCUAAGAAAUCUGUAAUUAAACCAAAGAAAUCCAAUCUUUCUUAUGGUAAGGAUUCUGGAAAGAAAUCUUCCAAACAAUCCAGAAAAGUGGAAUAUGAAGAUGUUGAAUAUCCAAUUCAAAGAAACCAAAAAAAAAGAAAACAACAAGUUGAUGAAAAACCUCCUCAAAAGAAGUCUAGAAAUAUUUCAAAGAGACAGCAGCAAGAUGAAGAAAGAUUUAUUCUACAAUAUGAAAAGAAAUCUGGACACAGAAAGGUUAAUAAGAAAUCAUCCAAGCAAGAAUUCGAAGAAAACCGAGCUCCAAAGAGGCAAUAUGUUGAAUUUGAUGAAGAAGUUCCUCAAGAGAAUUCCAAAUCUGGAAUGGAUAUCUUGACCUAUAGAACAAAUCCAAUCAAUAUCAAUAACCAUCAACCUCAAAAAAGAAUGAUCAAUAGAAUUACCCCUCAAACAGUAUCUCAAUUAAGACCAAUCGAAUCAAAUGCCCCAGCUAUUACUAAUCCACAAAUUUAUCAUCCAUUUGUUAGACCAAAUAACUUUGUUACCACUGCUCCACCAGCUAUUGCUCGACCAAAUAACUUUACUCCUCAAACACAAUCUCAUGAUGAAACUAUGAAUCUGCAAAAUAUUGUAGCACAACCAACUGUUGAAAAGAAAUCUGUUGCCAAGACUGACAAGAGUCAAGUCAAAUCAGCANCUGAAAAGAAGAAGGCCGAUGUAACACCAAAAGAAAUUGCUAAACCAACAAAGAAGCCAGUUGAUACCAAGCCAGCUAAACCUGUUGUCGAUACCAAGAAAUCUGAUGCCAAGAAGUCAACUGAUAAAUCUGGUAAGCCAAAGACUGGUGCCAAGAAAACUACUGGUAAGAACACUGAUGCCAAGAAGUCAACUAAUAAGAAGACUGAUGCAAAGACAGGAAAGUCUGCUACUGCCAAGAAGACUCCAGCUAUGGCAACCAAGUCUGUUCAAAAUAAGACUAUUGCCAAGAAAUCUGAUGCCAAGAAGUCAACUGAUAAAACUGGAAAGCCAAAGACUGCUACCAAGAAGACUGCCAAGAAAACCAUUGAUAAGGCAAAGUCUGGUGUAAAGACUAAUGCCAAGAAGACUGGUUUGAAGGGAAAGUCAACAAAGAAAGAUGUCACCAAGUCAACUAAAAAGUCUGACAAGAAGCCAUCUGCCAAGAAGGAUAAGUCUGCCAAGAAGUCAUCUGAUAAGACUGUAAAAUCAAAGAAAUCAUCUGAAAAGAAAACCGGUAAAAAAUCCAAGAAAACUGGUGUAAAGAAGACUGAUAAGAAGGGAAAGAAGGAUAAAAAGCCAACUAAAAAGACUCAUAAGAAAACCAAGUUAAGUGCAUUGACUAGAGCUAGAGGCCACGUCUUUAAGAAAAAGAAGAAGAAUUUGACAACUGAAAACCCAUCCCAAUCAUCCCAAUCUCCAAUUCUUGAACAUAUUCCAAUGGAAUCAGAUGGUUUGUCAAGAAGACAAAGAUAUGAACGUUCACUUAAAGAAAAAUCAAAGAAAUCCGAAAACAAUGAAGAGAAUGUCCAAAAGGAAUCUGAAGUUAUUGCAACUCCUAGUUCUGAAGACAUUUCCUCACCAAUUAAUUCUGAAAGAGUAGCUACUUCUGAAGAUUCACCGGUCCAAAACAAUUCCGAAGAAAGAUCUUCCUCAAACGAUAACAUCUCAUCCAAUUCUGUUAAUCAAAGAGGACUUGAAAUUGAAGAUGAUGUUAAAGUUGAAAAGAAACAACGUGUUGGAGUCAAGCAAGUUGAUGAAGAAAUUGAAUCUAAGGAAGAAAUCAAGUCUGACGAAAAGAAAUCUGCUAAGGUUUAUGGAGAGUCUGAUAAGAAACCUAGAAAGGAUGAAUCUGAAGAAGAAUUGGAAGAGCCAACCUCUGUCCAAAAGAAAUCCAAGAAGUCAACUAAGAAAUCAAGAAAUCUUACGAAGAAGACUGGUAAGAAGGGUGAGAAAUCAACCAAAAAGACUGCUCCAAAGAAGAAUAGCAAUAAGACAGGUAAGCAGACAGGUAAGAAGGGUAAGAAAUCUGGAAACAAAUCAAGAAAGGUUGUUAAGAAAUCUGGAAACAAGUCAAACAAGAAUGAAAAGAAACCAACCAAGAAGACUGAUAAGAAGGGUAAGAAAUCUGGAAACAAGUCUAACAAGGGUGCUAAGAGAUCCACUAAGAAAUCAGGAAAGGGUGAAAAGAAAUCCAUGAAUACUCAAAAUAGAAGAAUCAAUAGAAUUGCUCCUCAAUCAGUAACUCAAUUCAAACCAAUGGAAAUUGUUGAUACUCCAGCUAUCAGUAAGGCACAAAUUUCCCAACCAGUUAUCACUCAACAAGAUGUCGAACCAACUACUGGUACUCAAAGACAACUUCCAACUGGUGCAAUGAAUGUUCAAAACAUUGACAUUAAUCUCAUCACAAACAAUCCAACUCCUACUGCUCCAGAUAGUCCAUCUCCAUCCGAGAUUGCAUUGGUCAGAAGAUUUUUGGCUAAUAGAAGAAGAUUGGAAAAGAAGCAAGCUCCACAACAACCAAAGGAAGAACCAAUGAAUGUUUCUAAUGUUGUCACUGUUGGUUCUUCAUCAUCUUUAUCAACAACAACUAUAGCACAACAAGAUACAAACUUGUUGCACAAUAUCAUCAAUAACAACAACAAUAUUAUUGGAUCAUCCUUUGGAACAACAACCAAUGAUAUAAAUAAUAGGACUGAAGAAAUAAUUUUGGUGAGAGGAGUAACACUUACAAUGGAUAUUACCUUCUUGUUGGUUCCUUUAAUAAUCUCGAUUGCCAUUCCGAUCCUCUAUGAAAUGCUUGUUGUUCGACAAUUCCUGGAUAAGAUUAAAAAGAAGUUUAAAAGAAAGGCAAGAACACGUUCAACCUAUUACGAUAAGUUUGGUCAAUAUCAAGAUAGUAUUGAGGCAUUUGCACUUCAAGAUAUUGAAAAGGAGGAGAAUGCUAGAAGCACAUUGUUUUGGAAAUUGGUUUGCUUUUGUGGAUGGAGAAAUUUCAAAAACUUUUUCUUUACUACUCCAUUAGGUGCAGAUAAUUCAUUGGCAGCAAUCAAUGAGAAUGGAAGCUUUGUAAUGUAUCAUUCAACACCCUUUCAAUUAUUGGAUAGAAUGUGUUCCAGUUGCUGCACAACUGUCAGUACAUCAUCCAGUGAAGAUCUCGCACCACUCUUUCCAUCAGAAAACAAUGUGAAAAUUCGAUCUGUUACAUCCAAAAGCGUUCAUCAAUAUAACAUUUCAUGCUGGAUUUCUAGUUCAAUACUCUUGCUAAUACGUAUUGGUAAUUUCGUAUUGGCAGUAGUGACAGCUGUCUACUUGGGAAAGGAUGAAAUAUUCAAGAAGGGCAAUCACAAUCCUUGGUUCGAAUAUACCAAAUAUCUUACCAACAAUACUUUCAAUCUCUUCCUUGUCUAUUCAUCACUCGUGCUAUUCUACCAUAUUAUUCUAAUGAUGACUGCAGGUGUUCUUGUGAUCAAGAAGAGAAAACCAACAAGUGGUAACACAGCUACAGUUACUUUUCCAUAUCAUGACAUUAUGCCAAGAAAUUUGGAAAAAGUUUUAGAGGAUUUUAAUCAAUACUAUGAUAUCUACACUUCCAACAAUAACAAUUUAACAAACCUCAUCACGUCGAUCAGAACAAUUUUCCAAAAUGAUGCCACAGCCAAUGCCCUCUUCACCAAGACCACUCUGACAGCAAAGAGUAAAUUGGAAGGUUUUAAUACCUAUAUCUUUGGUUUAUUGAGACAAGGCAGUUAUCAACAAGAUGCUAUUGACACAGUGAAUAGUCAAGAUUAUAAGGACACUGAUAAUCUUUUCUAUUCUGGUUUAACUUCCCUAUUGAACUAUGUCGUUACUUCGGAACAAUCCAAAGACAAUAGUGUCAUUGCUUCCAACCUAGUUCAAUUGGUAAUUAUUGUGAUUGCCUUGGUGAUUGUUUUGCCAGUUUUAGUAUUCGUCUUUACUUAUGCCAUCAAUCGUGACUCACUCUAUUUGGAAAAGAUUAGACGUGCCAAUUCCAUCAUGUUAUUGGAUACAAUUGCUGAUAGUAAUUUACGUUCUCUCUUCAAAGCUCAUUGUGAAAAGGAAAAGUCAACUGAAAACUUUUUACUCUUAGAAAAGAUUCACAACUAUAAGGCCAUGUGUGAAAGAGUCGACGAUUUAAAUAUGAAAUUAUAUGGAGAUAGCACAAUUUCUGAUACUGCUAGUGCUUCUUCAAAGACUGAUUCAACUGCCACUGCUGAGUCAGUUCCAAAACUCAAGAAGGAACAAGUUGCCAAGUAUGAAAAAGAGCUCAAUGAAAUGGAAGGUAAAAAGUAUGAAUUGGCCUUUGAAAUUUACUCCUAUCACUUGGAUAUCAACGGUGACAUGGCUGCCAACGUAACCAAGAGCAAGUGUGACAAGGUUAAGGUUCAACUCGAUAAUUACAAUACCAAACAAAUCGAAAGUUUACCACUCGAUUUAUUCAAACAAAUUGAAAAGGAAGUUUGUUUGACCAUGAUGGACACUCACAAUAGAUUCAAAUCAUCCAUUGCCUUCCAAAAGGAAAUGAAAAUUCACAAGCUUAACGUUGAAAAGAUUAAGGCUAAGCAUAAGAAUAAGUUUUAA